AUUGCAUAAUACAGGCUAUGGUAUUCACAGCUGCGCAGAGACGUCCAUCCAGCCGACAGCAGCAGACAUAAAUUCAUCUGGACCUCUAGACUGCAUCUGCAAAAAUGGCUUCUCAGGCAGAGUUUGAGAAAUUGGCAGAGGAUGUGAAGAAGGUGAAGACGAGGCCUACAGACCAGGAGCUGCUGGACCUCUAUGGCCUUUAUAAGCAGGCAACAGUUGGAGAUGUUAACACCGAAAGACCAGGAAUGCUGGACUUCAAAGGAAAAGCAAAGUGGGAUGCCUGGAACUCUAGGAAAGUUCGUCCAUUUGCAUCUGAGGAAGAGUUUAAGGCUACGUUGGACAUUGUGAAUACAUUUCAAGAGGGUGUUGGCCAAGAGCUGCACCAAAAGCUACUGCAGAAAGCCAGAACAAACAGGAAUUGGCUGGAAGAAUGGUGGUUAGAUGUUGCGUAUCUGGAGGUUCGCAUCCCAUCUCAGCUGAAUGUGAACUUUGCCGGCCCGGGGCCCUACCUGGAGCACUGCUGGCUCCCCGAAGAGGGAUCUCAGCUGCAGAGGGCUAGUAUUAGCACAUGGCACACAUUACAGUACUGGAACCUGAUCCGCACGGAGAGGCUGCAUCCUCAGAAAGCCGGCAAACUACCGUUAGAUAUGGACCAGUUCAGAAUGCUGUUCUGCACCUGCAAAGUACCUGGAGUGAAGAAGGACACCAUCCGUAACUACUUCAAGACAGAGAGUGAGGGGCCGUGCCCUUCCCAUGUGGUGGUGAUGUGUCGUGGACGGAUGUUCACAUUUGAUGCAGUGUGUGAUGGACAAAUCCUCACUCCUCCAGAAAUACUCAGGCAGCUGAGCUAUGUGAAAGAGUGCUGUGAGGGGGAACCAGAGGGAGACGGAGUGUCGGCCCUCACCUCAGAAGAGAGGACUCGCUGGGCGCAGACCAGGGAGCAUCUAAUAAGCAUUGAUCCACACAAUAGCAACAUCCUGGAGACCAUCCAGAGCAGCCUGUUCGUCUUAUCUCUGGAUGAAACAAAACCCUACUCCUCUCCAAUGAACUACACAAAUAUAACCACGGCGGCCCUUACAGGCGACCCCACAAUCCGCUGGGGCGACAAAUCGUACAACUCACUCAGCUUCGCAGAUGGAACCUUUGGAACCACUUGUGAUCAUGCACCUUUUGAUGCCAUGGUGCUGGUGUCUAUGUGUUGGUAUCUGGACCAGCAAAUCAAAGCUACAGAAGGCAAAUGGAAGGGAUCAGAGGCAGUCAGAGCCGUGCACCGUCCUGAGGAGCUGGUGUUUACUGUGGACGAAAAAGUCCGGAGUGACAUCCGCCACGCCAAACAGCAGUACCUGGAGACGGCACAGGACCUGCAGAUUGUGUGUUACGCCUUCACAGCGUUUGGAAAAGAUGCCAUCAAACAGAAGAAGCUGCACCCAGACACUUUUGUACAACUAGCAAAGCAGUUGGCCUUCCAGCGAAUGCACAAAAGGCCGGGCAGUUGUUAUGAGACCGCAAUGACUCGCAAGUUCUACCACGGCCGGACGGAGACGGUGCGACCCUGCACCCAGGAGGCUGUCAACUGGUGUAAAGCCAUGAUGGACCCCUCGUGUGAUGCUGGUAGCAGGAGGAAAGCCAUGCUGGCAGCCUUCAAUACGCACAAUAACCUGAUGGUUGAAGCCCAGGAUGGACAAGGUUUUGACAGGCAUCUUCUUGGGCUGUAUCUUAUCGCCAGAGAGGAGGGACUUCCCACUCCAGACCUCUUCAUGGAUCCCCUUUACUCAUUGAGCGGUGGAGGUGGUAACUUCGUGCUGUCGUCCAGCCUGGUGGGCUACACCACAGUUAUGGGGGCCGCGGCUCCCAUGGUGCACCACGGCUACGGCUUUUUCUAUCGCAUCAGAGACGACAGGAUCGUGGUCUCUGUCUCGGCGUGGAACUCUUGCCGUGAGACAGACGCUGCGACUCUGUUCAACAACUUCUCCAGCUCCAUGCAUGAGAUGCUCCACCUGGCCACCACAUCUCAGCUAUAAGUAACUUUAUUGACCUCACGGUUUACCAACACUGGUAAUAGCCGACAGCUAGCGAUAGUCAUGUUUGUUCAGAGCACGGAUCAAUGCAAAGUUAAUGAAUCUGAUCUGCUGAUAGCCACUGGUUUGGGCAUUCAAUAAAAUCUUAUCAGCUUUU